AGAAAGUGGCUCGCGUAGAAGCAGGCAACAAGCCUGGCUUUCCUUCGUUCAGGCCAACCUUGGAUACUGAGGAGGGUGGUGUACCAGAAGAUAUGGUGCGGCUGGUACGUUCCGCCUGGGACGAGGACCCGAUUAAUCGGCCCGAUUUUUCGGUGAUUAAACUCUCGAUGC